UUCAAGAAGGAGAAGCGAAGGAUUCUAAAUGAAGCAAUUACUAAAUGGUUUCUUCGCUCCAGAGUCCAGACUUGGGUUUGGAGAAUUCUUCUUAAGCCGGGUCUAGAGUGGCCAAGUCCACAUUGUGGAGAUUCACAAUGUCUUCACUCACAUGCACACAAUUGACGCUUUGCACGCUAACUGCAAUUCUCAUUCAGAUUAUCGGUCUCUCGCUCUUCGUUCUAGGGUUUUUCCCCGUCAAACCGGCUCUCUUAGGCGUCAGUGGUCCGGAGAGCUUUCGUCCACCUGGGUGUGAUCCAGUUCAAAAUCGGAAUGUGUCGAAUCCGCGUCCUGACCAGCUUAAAUCGCUGUAUCAGGAGCUACGUGAUAUCCCUCCUUCAUUUGAUCGGUUAAUCUUGAUGGUUAUUGAUGGUCUUCCAGCAGAGUUUGUGCUUGGAAAGGAUGGUCGGCCUCCAUCCAAGGUUUUCAUGGAAGCUAUGCCAUAUACUCAGUCAUUGCUGGCUAAUGGAAUGGCAGUUGGGUACCAUGCAAGGGCUGCACCUCCAACUGUUACAAUGCCUCGCUUGAAGGCUAUGGUGUCAGGGGCAGUUGGUGGAUUCUUGGAUGUAGCAUUCAAUUUUAAUACACAAGCUCUUUUGGAUGACAAUGUUAUAGCUCAGUUCUUUAAUAUUGGUUGGAAAAUGGUGAUGCUUGGUGAUGAAACAUGGCUUAAGUUGUUUCCAGGAUUAUUCACAAGGCAUGAUGGAGUUAGUAGUUUCUUUGUUAAAGAUACUGUAGAAGUGGAUCAUAAUGUUUCUCGACACAUGGGUGAUGAGCUUAACAGGACUGACUGGAAUCUUCUGAUUCUCCAUUAUCUCGGUUUGGAUCAUGUUGGACAUAUUGGGGGGCGGAGUUGUCUGUUGAUGGGACCAAAACUAAAAGAAAUGGAUGAAGUGAUCAAGUUGAUCCACUUAAGUUCUAGUCAGUCUCAAGACAAUGAUCAAGGGCGCACACUUCUGAUGGUAGUCAGCGAUCAUGGCAUGACUGAGAAUGGAAAUCAUGGUGGGUCUUCUUACGAGGAAACUGACUCGUUGCUGCUUUUUGUUGGUCUAAAACAUAAGCCCUAUGAGUAUCCAUCAGUGGUCCAUGGCACUGUUUACCAGGUUGACAUUGCUCCUACAUUAGCUCUUCUUUUUGGUGUUCCAAUUCCUAAAAACAAUGUUGGAGUCUUGAUUUCAGAAACAUUUGAUUCUUUAACAGAUGAUCAAAGACUGAGGACAUUAGAGUUGAAUUCAUGGCAGUUACUCAGAUUGCUUAAAGCACAGCUUCCUAAAUUAUCUUGUGGAAAUCUCUCAUGUGAUGUAGUUGGGGAUGAUAUAUGGCCUGGGAGCAUGGAAUGCAAUGGCAGUGAUGAGGAGAUAUUUUGCUGCUUAUUUCUAAAUUCUGCAGCUCUUCACAAAUCAUGGAAGUUGGGAAGACUCUCUAGGUCUAAUAGUACAGAUGAUUAUAUUAUUUCUGUUUUGGCAUACGAGAGUUUUCUAAGAGCUGCAAGCGAGUGGUUAUCACGAAGAGCAACUUAUAAACCUGCUGGCCUACUUGUUUCUGGAGUUGCAGCAAUGGUUAUGUCGUCUGUCCUAUUCAUAGGGCUUCUCCUCUUGCUGGAUCAUGAAGUUUAUCACUGGAAAAUGCAUGGUCUUUCUUACAUGAAGAGUAAUAUGCAUAAGUGGCAUUUGGAUGAGACUUUUGUCCUGGCUGUCAUCUUCGUCCUUGUUUUAAGUAUGGGGUCUAGUUCUAUGGUUGAAGAAGAGCAAUAUGUGUGGCAUUUCUUGGUAUCCACACUUUAUUUGGUAUUACUCCGUAAAACAAUUCAGUCCCUCACAACAAGAACUGCACAAACUUUGAUUACCUUGAUAAAAGGACAAAACAAAAGAACCAGUAGUCAAAUAUUUUCCAUCAUUCUGAUCCUUGUCACUGGGAGGGUUAUGAGAGGAUGGCAUCAAGGUGGUGUUAACUGGGUUCAUCUUCCUGACAUUUCAAAGUGGCUUGAGCAAGCAGGAAGAGGUUAUGUAAAAUCUACCUAUCUGAUCUCAUGGAUUUGUAUUAUUUGCUUGGGCUUAUAUUUGCUUUCAUUAUCAAAGUCAGAGAGGUACGUUGUUGUAGUGAUUGGAUGUGCCUUUUUAGUCCCAGGGGUGUUGGUCUUGCAACAUAUCAUAAAUUACCAAGAAAGUGCUUUUGCAGCAUCCAGUUACAGUGCUACCUCAAUGGCACAAAUAGUCUAUGCAAUUCUAGUGAUCCUCUCACUAGCCACCAUUGUUGCCUUACCAUGGUUUAUGCCUGUUCAGAAUCCAAAGAUUUUCUCAAGAUAUGAUGAUUGCUUGUCAAGUAAUUUUCUUGCUGACAAUAGAUGGAAGUUUCUGCUUGUUGGAUAUGGUGAUAUUACUUAUGUUAUUGGUUGGGCAUACAUGCUUUUCUGGUGUCUUCUUCAGUUGUUGCUGCAACAACCAAUAAAUGCAAUGCCUAUAUUCUUGCUUCUUGUGCAAAUUUUGGCCACUAUGUGUUAUUGUUCUAGCAGUGGUCCACACCUUAAGCAGUGGGUUGAGGUAAAUCAUAGCAUCUUCAAGGUUACUGCAUUAUACUAUUUGGGGAUGUCAGGCCAUUUUUCUCUUGGUAACACCAACACUCUAGCUACUAUUGAUGUUGCUGGAGCUUUCAUGGGCAUCUCAAGUCAUUCAACGUUGCUUUCUGGCAUCUUAAUGUUCAUUAUUACCUAUGCAUCCCCCAUGUUAGCUCUACUUAGCUUGGUGAUGUAUAUGUCCGUGAAGGUGACAAGCUCUCUUCAGGUUUCAGAUACUGGAUAUUUUCUAAAGAUGAGUGUCGGCUUUCCUUGUUUGGUUCCACUGGGCUUGAAUUCCAUUAUUCUGGUGGCCUACACCAUUGUUUUGCUGCUUAUGAGGAAUCAUUUAUUUGUUUGGAGCGUCUUUUCUCCAAAGUAUCUAUACGUUUGCGCAACGACUGCCUGCGUCUACAUUGGAAUAUUCGUUGUAUCUAUAACUGCAGUUUAUGCAUAUUUCGUGUUUGUUUUUCGGAACAAAAUGUUAUCAACACCUUAUUGUCAAAGGUGACUGGAGAGCCUGCGUGGUGUGCUCGCGAUCCCUACUUCAAUUCUCAAUUAUUCCUCUCAGGAUUUGUUUGGUCCCGAGGAAGUUUUGUUGUGCCAUCCUGCAAAGGUGAGCAGUUUUGUUGUACAUCUUCGCAUUCUUUUCCCAA